CACAUGACCUAGACUUCCUACUUCGGUUUGAAAACACCAGCAUUCACUCCCCUUCUCUUAAUUUUUCACUAAUUCACUUUCCCAAUCGGCGUUAUGCGCUGGUUCGUCACUGCGGCAUGCCUCCUUGCAUGCCUCUUCGCAGGCAUUGCCCGUGCCGCCAACACCGUCAAGAUCGUGAACCACUGCCCCUACGAUCUCUUCUUCUGGGUCGUCGGCCCCGGCUGGCAUGUCCUCGACGAACAGCACAUCAUCGUCCCCGGCAAUCACGGUAGCGUCAUCCACGGCAUGAUCGACACCACAGGCACCGGCGGUGGCAUCAGCCUCAAGAUGCGCGACGUCCCCCGCUACGCCGUCGCCCCCGCUGGUAUCCUCCAGGCAGAGUACAAGUUCGAGCCCGCCACCCAUAGCAUCUGGUACGACUUCAGCGCCAUCGACUGCAACAAGGCAGCCCCGCCCGACAGCCCAGACUACUGCCCAUUCUCCCAGGGCGGAGUCAAGAUGUGGGUCCCUGGUGCGGAUCCGGCUUUUUGCCCUGUUGCUCAGUGCUUGCCGGGUCUGGGAUGCGAGAGAACGUAUCUGGAUCAUGGGAGCUGGCACAACGAGCCUUCGUUUCGCUGCGACAUCGGGCACGACAUCCUCUUUGAGACCUGCACCCAUCUCGCUGCCCCGAAGACCCACGUCGUUGACGAUGACGAACUUCAGCCCUGGAUCCCUCUUUACCCUCCUCUGCCUCCGUCGCCGUCGCCGUCGCCGCCGCCGCCGCCGCCGCCGCCGCCACCACCAACACCAGCACUGCCAGCGCUCCCGCAGCCCCCAAUGUUCCAGCAGCCGCCAACCUAUCCGCCACCUCCCGACUACCCGUCCGGGACUAUCUGCUACGAUCCGGAUUGCCUCUGCUACUCGACGACCCAACCAUACCUCUGGCCUGAUUCCUUCCCCGACAACACGCCGCAGUGCCCCGGCUACUGGCCGUAUACUUCUCGAGAGGAGUACAAAUGCCAGGUGCAUGGUGCCUGCGCUUCGCCGUCGUCCGAGGAGGACUCAUUCUGGAAGAGGAGGAUGCUCAGGAUCCAUCAGGCGGUGAACGGGACCCAAGCCUAGUCGGAUAUUUAGGUCUACAUGGCGUUUUCGGGUGGGUGUAAUUUGGUGUGUCUUCCCCCCAUUCCCCCCUCCUUCCCUUUGCUCUCGCCUCGGUGCAACUUGCAACCGCUGAGCCAACUAACAACUACUAUAGGCAUCUCGGAAAAAAAAGUGAGUUGGUGGGUGCGUGGAUGGGUUAUGCGUUGUCGUAAUGGAGUAUGUGGUUCGAUACCCCCUCAGGGUCCAGCGUUGGACUAGUUCUCAGUAGUAGUACCGUAGUUUCCUUCACACUAAUGUAAUGUCUUGCUUACUCAUAUACCUAAUAUUUCCCU